AUAUAUUUUGGGGUGGUUAUUUUCUACCACCGUUUUCACAGAAGAUUCUCGUUCUUGUUGAUCAUCAUAAUAAUAAAUAUUUGCAGAUUUUGUUAAUUGGUGUCACACAUAUAUAAAAAUGUCGAUUAAUAUCAUCAGCGAUGGCGAUCGUUCACCCAAAAUUAUAUUGCGUGAACCAACAACUGGAUCAACCGCCGAGGUGCUCCUGUAUGGAGGUCAGGUUGUUUCAUGGAAGAAUGAACGUCGAGAAGAGCUACUUUUCAUGAGCACUAAGGCUAUUUCAAAGCCACCAAAACCUGUUAGAGGAGGCAUACCCAUUUGCUUUCCUCAGGUCGCAAAUUUUGGCACACUGGAGCAGCAUGGAUUUGCGAGGAACAGGUUAUGGUCGUUGGAUGAAGAUCCUUCACCUUUGCCUCCAGCUAACAAUCAAUCAAUGGUAGAUCUUGUAUUGAAAUCUACGGAUGAUGAUUUGCAUACUUGGCUGUAUAGAUUUGAGCUGCGACUGCGUGUUUGUAUUGGUGCUAACAAGCUCACUCUGAUCCCUCGUGUGAGAAAUGUGGAUAGCAAAGCCUUCCCAUUUACUAUUGCUCUGCGUAAUUACUUUUCUGUAUCAGAUAUCAGUGAGGUACGUGUCGAGGGUCUGGAGACACUUGACUAUCUUGAUAAUUUGUUAAAGAGGGAAAGGUACACCGAGCAGGCAGAUGCCAUUACCUUUGAUGAUGAGAUUGAUCGAGUGUACUUGAGCACACCUACUAAGAUUGCUGUAAUAGACCACGAGAGAAAGAGGACCAUUGUCCUACGUAAAGAAGGCAUGGUGGAUGCAGUUGUGUGGAAUCCUUGGGACAAAAAGGCAAAGGCAAUCCCAGAUUUAGGUGACGAAGACUACAAAACCAUGCUAUGUCUGGACGCUGCGGCUAUUGAAAAUCCAAUAACCUUAAAACCAUGUGAAGAGUGGAAAGGUCGCCAAGAGCUGUCUAUUGUGUCCUCUAGUUAUUUCAGUGGCCAGCUAGAUCCAAGGAAGGUUCUUAAUGGCUUACGCUGAUAUUUCAUUUCAAAUUUGGAUAUCAAUUUCAUUGUUUUGCUCCGUAGUAAGUGCAUCUGCUGCUAGGAUAUUACAGAGUUAGAAUAUAGCUAAUGGGAUGAAUGUUACAUUUUUGUCCGUAACUGAUCCAUUAAACACCAUUUGACAUGCACAACUCGUUUGGUUCAACUGAAAAUAUCAUCUUUGCAUUGUUAGUGUAUUUGGAAUAAUUGAAA